AUGGCUAAAUCAUUUCUCCAGUCUCUUAGAAUUUUGUAUGUUCUUCUGGUCAUAUAUGUCAUUGGUGUAAAUGGAAUCUCUGCUGUUUUGGAUGACGAAAGGAAGGUUUAUAUAGUGUACAUGGGAUCACUUCCUGCAGGGGAAUAUUCACCAUCAACACACCAUCUCAGUAUACUUGAAGAAGUUGUUGACAGCAGGUUUGUGGAACAAUCCUUGGUUAGAAGCUACAAGAGAAGUUUCAAUGGAUUUGCUGCAAAACUCACGAACCGGGAGCAACAAAAGAUUGCAGGGCGUGAUGAUGUAGUACUGAUUUUUCCAAGUCAAAAGCGCCAUCUUCACACAACUGCAUCAUGGGACUUCAUGAAUUUUUCCCAAAAUGUCUCUCGUAACCUUAAUGUCGAAACUGACAUUGUUAUUGGAGUCAUUGACAGCGGAAUUUGGCCGGAAUCCAAAAGUUUCGACGACACUGGUCUUGGACCUGUACCCAAGAAAUGGAAGGGUGCUUGUGAAGGUGGCACUAAUUUCACUUGCAACAAAAAGUUAAUCGGAGCUCGUAACUAUGUCCCUGGAGAAGACUCUGCGAGAGAUGUAGAGGGUCAUGGCACUCAUACUGCCUCUACAGCAGCAGGAAGCAUUGUACGAGGAGCUACUUUUUUCGGUAUCGGAAAUGGCACUGCCAGAGGAGCCGUUCCCUCGGCGAGAAUCGCUGCUUACAGAGUAUGCGGAGAAAGUGGGUGCACAGAUGAUGGAAUAAUGGCCGCUUUUGAUGAUGCUAUAGCCGAUGGAGUCGAUAUUCUCACAUUGUCCCUUGGAUCAGAUUCUGCAGCUGAUAUCACAUCAGAUACUAUUGCCAUUGGUUCUUUUCAUGCUUUGAGAAAAGGUAUUCUCACUGUUCAAUCCGCAGGAAACAAUGGGGAUUCGCCAGGAAGAGUUUCGAGUAUUGCUCCUUGGUCAUUCUCUGUGGCUGCUAGCUCUAUAACUCGUAGAUUUGUCGCUCCAAUCAACCUUGGAAAUGGAAAAACAAUAUAUGGCAAUGCAAUCAAUGCUUUCAAGUUGAAAGGGACACGAUUCCCUCUUGUUUACGGAAGCAAAGCUUCCUCGUCUUGUUCAGCCACUGAUGCAGAGCAGUGCGUUGAUGGUUGUCUAGACAGAGAUCUCGUCAGGGGAAAGAUAGUAGUUUGCAACACUGAUGAUAUCCAAAAUGCAGCUAUUGAGGUUAACCGAACUGGUGGCGUUGCCGCGAUAUUUGUAGAAGCGGAGCGUUUCUCUGGUGUUGCCUUCGUUACGUUUUAUCCUUAUUCCCUUGUUACUCCUCAGCAGCUUACACAGGUGAUAUCCUACAUCAAUUCCACUAGGUUUCCCACAGCGAACUUAUUAACAAGUGUAGCUAUAAAAGAUGCUACUGCUCCCAAGGUUGCUACAUUCUCUUCAAGAGGGCCUAAUCUGAUUUUUCCAGACCUGCUUAAGCCAGAUAUAACCGCCCCGGGAGUUGACAUCUUGGCCGCCUGGUCGACGGUUUCUUCCCCUUCUGGCGCUCCUCUGUUUGAUCAACGAUCCGUGGAUUACAAUAUAAUAUCAGGAACAUCAAUGUCUUGCCCUCAUGUCACCGGCGCAGCUGCCUACGUGAAGUCAGUACACCCUCGUUGGUCUCCUUCUGCGAUCAAAUCCGCUCUUAUGACCACUGCUUGGAAGAUGAAUGCCAGCAGUCCCAAUAUCGCAACAGAAGCAGAAUUUGCUUAUGGCGCAGGUCAUCUCAAUCCAACAAAAGCUGCACACCCUGGACUAGUUUACGAGACAUUAGAAAGCGACUACCUCAACUGGAUUUGCGGAUUGAACACCGCACGAGAAGUGUUAAAGGUAUACGGGUUUAAUGUCACCUGCAAGGGAGUGGUUCCUAUCGAAACCAAGGAUCUAAAUUACCCGUCAUUGUCUGCUCAAGUUCAGAGUGACAGAUCUUUCAAAGUUACAUUUUCAAGAAAUGUCACCAAUGUUGGUAUGCCAAAUGCAACUUACAAAGCCAAAAUCACCAAGAAUUCUCGAGGCUUGGACGUUACUGUGGUGCCAAACACCCUAUUCUUCAAAGCAACCCAUGAAACGAAGUCAUUUGUGGUGACAGUUACAGGUGAAGAAUUGAGAGUAUUUGCUUCAGCUGAUCUUGAAUGGUCUGAUGGACUUCAUAACGUCAGAAGUCCAAUUUUUGUGUACGGAAACGAAUAG